AUGAGCGCCACGCGUCGCGCCCGCCCACCGGCGAGGCUGGCGCGUGGCCUGGGCCCCCGCUCCUCCGCCGGCGCGCUCAGCCGCCUGGGGCAAGUGCGUCCCUGCCCUGGCCUCGUCCGCGCGCCCCCAGCGGGGCACCUCAAGUCUCCUCCAGCUGUGGCCUUCUGGGCCCUGGGAAAGGCCUCCCCAACCUCCGGGCCCCCAGACACCCACGGAGACACUCCAGCUUCAGGGCGCUCUGUCAAGAAGUGCCUGCACCCUGCGCCUUUCAUCCAGACUAAUCCGGCUGCAGUGACUCUUGUUCAAGGGACGAUCACUUUGGAUAGCUUAUCACAGCUCCUCUCACAAUACUCCUGGUGCGCACGUCACAAGUCCACAGGAUCAAGAACCAAGUCGGUUUUGCUCUCAGGGGCUCUUGGGGCCACCAGUCAAGAGACUCCCUCAUUCUGGUCCUGCUGUGUGAGGAUGCUGAGGGGGACCCAGCAGAAAGCAAGCCUCCUCUCCACCUGGGACCUGGCACGAAGCCUGGAUGCGUUCUCCGCCCCACCCCUGCCCCAGUGUUCCGGCCCCUUCCACUUGCAGCAUCCCACUGGGGCCCUACCUCAGCGCAGCCUCCUCUGCCUGACGCGGGGCACGUCCAGGCCUGGGCUCCGUGUGUGCCAGGGCCUCGUGGUGCAGGGACAGCCGGCUGUGGCCUCUUCAAGGAUGCUGGUUAGACAUCAGGAAACCCAGGACCUAGUGCGUCUCUGGCACCAGCUUGCUGUGACCCCCUGGGCCUCAGUUUCCCCCGGAAGUUAA